CUAGGGUUAGGGUUCCCCUAUCCUUCGUGUGUGUGAGCCUCUCGCUUUAGCUUUCCUCCUUGUUUUAGGGCCUCCUUCUCCUCUUCCUAUUUUGUUUAUUUCAAUUUGGAAUGGCUUCAGUUACGAUCCUGGCUUGGAACUAUCACGGCCUAGGAUUUUCAAGCUUUCAACCUAGCCAUGCUUGCAAAACAAAGUUGGAGGCUCAUGCAAGAUCCUACUACUUUAUGCUAUCAGAACAUCAAUAGCAUUCCACUGAGCAAGAACUGUGGCCAUGAUUGUUUGAUUUGGAGGCAUACUACUAAUGGACAAUUUGUAGUAAGAUCAGCAUAUAGAUUUUCGUGGGAUGCAAUAUAUGGAUCGAGUCUUGGUGAGUACAAUGAGCUUAUGAAGCCUGUAUGGACUGUUGCAUGGCAUAUGGACACAGUGCCAAAGGCAGAGGAAUCCCCUUACCAUGUUUUUUUCACCUAUCAUUGGAGCAAGCAAGUUUGGGUAGGUUCUUGUCCUUUCUUUGCUGUCAACAACAUCAAGCCUCAAGAGUAUCUUGAUGACUUCCUAAACUCCUUGCUUAAGCUCAACAGAAAGCAAAAGGAAUGGAUAUCCAAAUAUAUGAAGGAGUACACUACAACAGCUGACAUAGGUAACCAAAUUCAUCAAUCGGAGCAAAGAGCCUGCCAAAAUGUAUGGCAACCACCUCAAGGACAUAUGAUCAAGCUCAACACAGAUGCUGCUAUCCCACAAAACCAAAACACCACAAGCUUGGGAGUAGUCUUACAGAACAGUGAAAAAACAGUUUUAGGGGCUAGGCUACGAACCUGCACUUUUCAAGGGAUGGUUCUUCAAGAAGAGGUUAUGGCCAUAGAGUUUGCAUUGCAAUUGGGGAAGGAAUUUGGUUGCAAAAAAAUUGAAAUUGAAUCUGACAAUGUCUAGGCUAUUGCUAUUGCGAAUUCUUUUGAAAACUGUUAUCUGCCUUUCAGAGCUAUUGUUGCGGAUCUCUGAGCUAGAAAGUCUAGCUUUGAUUUUCUCAGUAUUAAGCAUGUUAAGAGAAGUUGUAAUAAGUUGGUACACAAACUAGCUCAUCUUUUGUCACCAUCGCCACCUUGGGAGGGUGUUUGGGUAGAUUCUCUAGCCAAAACUUUAUGUAAUGAGUUUGAUUGUUGAGUAAUAAUACUUCUAUUUAUCA